CCUGAAAAAGUUGUUUACACUUGGAGAAACUUUCGUGACAAAUCGAUUAAGGCAGGCAGCAAAGCGCAUCGAAGGCACGCACUCAAGUGACAAAAUCACAGAGGCAGUGGCUGCUGCUUUCGUAAGACUCCAAUUACUGGUGCUCUCUCAUCCAGACGAUGGCUUUGCUAAAGACCAACGCAAUGACAGUAUUCCUUGAAACCUCGCGAUGACAAGUCGUUGGAUAUUUUUGAUCCUACUCCUUUAUGUGGGCGCCCAGGAGGGCAACGCUGGCACCGUCUUGGAUAACGUUGGGGACAGCUUGAAGAUGGCGGGACAAAUGUUUGGCAUCAAUACAGCCGCCGAUGUGGCAAAUCUGGUGGCGCAAGCCUUCUCGGGCAAUGGCUCCAGGGGCAACCCGCUAGGUUUCAUGAGUAUUCUGCAGCACGGCUUCCAGCCCUCAGAGGACCAAGCGGAGCAGAAUCAAUCGGAGCAGCAGGAAGAGCCGCCUCAAGAGGAUGACGGCACUCGAAGGCCUCCUCAUCCGCCGCCUUUAAUGGGCAGUUUCGAUAGCGGACAACUGCUGACGAAUAUGCUGCGGAUGGUGGGCUUUGAUGCCCGAAAACUGGGAGCUCUGGCGCUCAAUGCCAUUAUCAUGAUUGCCCAGGCGAUUGGCAACACUCUGAUGCAGGCAACGCGAGGUGGAGCCGGCGGAAAUAACGGCGCGGCCUUCGAGGGACCUGAGGCGCUGUACGAACCCAACGAUCAUCAGCCGCGUUCUUUAUCCAUGGGUUCACCGAUAGAUUGGUUUCUACAGCGACCUGGGGCGCACAGCAAGCGAUUGCUGGGCCGCAUUAUGGAUAGGGAUCUGCCCGAGCACAUACUGGACAUGAUCGAGUCCAAGGAGGACCUAGAAAGGGGCCACGAGGCCGGCUGCCUGAAGAUGCUCAUGUGCAAGAGCAAACCCAUUAUCUGGGGCAUGCAGAAUUCGCUAAAGAAGCGUCUGGCCGGGGAGCCCGAGCUACCAGAGGAGCAGGACAAUCACAACUUUUUCAACAAGGGUAUAUUCUUCAAGUUUCUGCCCAGCCUGAAGGACUUCAAGGAGCACAGUGCUGGCUGUGAGACGCGUUUCAAUGAGGAAUGUCCCAGGAAUGCAACAACGCAAGAGUAUUAAUAUUCAUUUUUCGAUGGAAACCCAUCUAUUAUAUUCUAUAUAUGUAUAUAUAGUUAUAUUUUUUUUUUUAUUAUUUGUUUAGCAACUUUUUGCAAAGGGAUUUGUAAUUUGUAUCUUAAACUUGCAUUCUACAAUAUAAAUCAAGAAGAUCGAUAAAUUUCCUUUGACAAAUAACAUAUUAUUCAUUUAGAACCCUAUUGGUUCAAUAAUAAACACGGGGAAUAUUUAGCUAUGUAUUUGUAUAAUGAGUUUGACAUUUGAACAUUCGGUUGAAAGAUGAUCCCAGAGAUAAGCCCCCGGAUCCUCCUCCGUAAUUGGAUUUCCAGAGCGUGCGUAAUGUACCAUGAAACGACCUCUAGGCGGGUGCAAUUUCCUUGUGUAACAUUUGGCUUAAUCUCGAUCUCUCUCAUCAUGACUUUUAUAAUAUGUACUCCUAGUUAAAAGUUGCUCCUAUAUGUAAUCUGAUUCCACCAGCCAGUAAUCUGGGUAAUAUUUUUACUUCACGUAUACGCUCUAUCACGUUUGCGUGUCUGAUAAUCAAAUUUCAUCGAUAAGAUUAAAUACAAAAAAUUAACAUAUGUAUUUCAUGAAUACGGUGCGGCGCUCCUAAAUAUUGAUAUGUUUGCUUUAACC